GGAUUAAUGAGGUCUUUUUCUUGUUCAUUACCAUGUCUUAAAUGACCUUAUUAAACUUGAACAUUCCUUAUUCAAUGACACCCCAAGAAAUAAAAAGCUCGUCUGUUAGAUUGUUAAUGCUUAAAGAUGCAAAAUAUUUCCUGAUUUGUUAAAUGUCUGAAACCAUCAAGCAAUCCUCAAAUUUGAUAAUGGCUAAAGUAACAAUGAUUUUUUCUUUGGGCAUUAAAAUAUAUAAGGGGAAUUCUCUAAAGAUGAUGCAUAAAAAUCUAGGAUAUAUUAUCCAGAGGCCACGUUGUUCAUGAUUAUCUUACGUUGUAACUUCUUUUUCAUUACGAUAAUCAAGCUCUAACCAGACCAAUGAUAUCAUGAAAUGCGCGCAUCGCUUUCAAUGCCUCAGUGUGCUGAAAAAAAUGCAUCUUAAGAAAACUGCCAUAAAUUGAAAUCUUACCACUCAUGAAGUACAAGUAUGGUUUCUCCAAGAGAGGAAAAACAGAACCCAGAGUACCCAUUAUGGUGACUUCUGAUUCUAGCAAAACUGGUAGGGCGACAUGGAUAUAAAGAUCUUGAUUUCAUUGUUUCAUUGUGGUUUGUUCCCUGGAGUAAAAUCGUUCUAACGGGGCGAUUUUGACCGAAAAUUUCGAGGAGGAAAAAAUGCCAGCUGUUUGGUUUGCUUUGAAGAAAUCAUUGCAUUGCAAAACAGAAACAGCGGAUGUUCAUGAUCCAAAUGCAAGAGCAAAACAUUUGGCUAGAAUUCUUACCAAGAAAAGCAGCCGGUCCGGGUGUUCGAGGUCGAUUGCGAAUCUGAGAGAUGUUAUUCAUGGAAGCAAGAGGCAUAUGGAGAAGCCUUCAAUUUGCAGUCCAAGAUCCAUUGGGAGCAGUGAACUUCUGAACCCAAUAACACAUGAAGUUGUCCUCAGUAAUUCCACCUGUGAACUGAAAAUUACUGGGAAUGGAUUCUCAGAUGGAAAUUGUACCGAUAUUGGUAGCGAAAUGGGGUCUUCUACCUAUCUUGGAACCCUUAAACCUGGUACACCAGGCCCUGGGGGCCAUCAGAUGGUGCCAUAUUAUAAGGCUAAAGGUUUGGCUAGUCCUUUAAGGAAGUCAUCCGGUAACAUUUCCAGGAGGAGGAAUUCUGCAUUUGGUGGUUUGGGCCUAAAGCCAGCUUCAAGAUAUUCGUAUGGAGCAGAUUUUCAUGGUUUAACACCUUUAAUCUGCCAUAAAUGCGGGGAUCAAUUUGUAAAGCUAGAUGCAGCUGAAGAACAUCACCUCUCUAAACAUGCCGUUACUGAACUUAUAGAAGGAGAUUCUUCAAGGAAAAUUGUGGAGAUAAUUUGCCGGACAAGCUGGACAAAAUCUGAUAACAACAGUACUUCAGGAGGCAUAGAACGGAUUCUCAAAGUCCACAACAUGCAAAAGACAAUAGCUCAGUUUGAGGAUUACAGGGAAGUAGUGAAGAUAAAAGCCAACAAACUACCCAAGAAACACCCUAGGUGUAUGGCUGAUGGCAACGAGUUGCUAAGAUUCCACGGUACAACUGUUGAAUGCGCUCUUGGCACGAGCGGAUCGAGCUUAUGUACAUCGAAGAAUUGCACAGUUUGUCGAAUCUUAAGACAUGGUUUUUCGACAAUUAGGGAACUAAACAAGGACAGUGUGGGCGUCUUCACAGCUUCUACAAGUAGUAGAGCAUUCGAGUCAAUUCAAGUUCCGAGUAUUGGUAAUCCUUCCCUGAAGAAGGCUUUAAUAGUUUGCAGAGUUAUAGCUGGCAGGGUACAUAGGCCUCUGGAAAAUGUUCAAGAAUUGGUUGGUCAAUCAGGAUUUGAUUCCUUGGCUGGGAAAGUUGGUGUAUAUUCAAAUAUUGAGGAACUGUUUUUACUCAAUGCCAAAGCCCUUCUUCCUUGCUUUGUAGUAAUUUGCAAGUCAUAGGAGUAAGAGGAUCAUUGUUUUGUAAAACUUUGUGUAAGAUUUUCAAACUGUAUUGUAUUAAAUUAUAUAACUGGAGAAAAAUGGGUUUCUGAUUUUUAAAGGCCUUUGUCAUUUUUUGUGUCAAUAUAAUGGACUAUCAAGUGUACUUGUUUUUUC